AUGUCGAAGCGACAGCUCGAUGAGACCGAGAUUGGCGCCAGUUUGCCUGCCGAUGGCGGAGACAUUGGCACUUCCGGGUGCAAAAAGAGCAAAAGUAAGCGCACCGUGGCAUUUCGCUUCCCGGCCAGACGGUCGUGCUUGCUUUGA